UGGAGUGACAAAAAAGAAUCCCUAGACAGUGGGAAAGUCACUGCCUUUUAUAGACCGCAUGAGGCAGCAGUCCAGCACCGGGUGAGGGGGGGAAGUUCGACUCGACUGCAUGUGAAGCGGAUAUGAACAUGCAUUGGCCACAGGCAUCCAAUCGCUUUGUCGGCAGCUGGCUUGUACCUUGUUGGACGAGGUGUGACCUGCAUAAGCCCCUGCGCGGGCGUUCUGCACACUGUGACCAGCAGACCAGCUUCUCCGAUGAGGUCAAAUCCGGGGAGCCAAGUCCGUUUCCUCCAACGAGAUGGCUUGGAUUUCCCCGCAGAAUCGCCGCCCCUGGCUCGGUUACGGCUUUUCUUCUCGGGGGGGUCAGGCCGUCAAGGAGUCAAAGUGGACGAUUCAUCACGGCAACCGCGUUAGUGAGGUCCACUAGUGGCACGCUAGACACAAGUCCGUCAGUCUGGAUUCCUUGAUGAUGCUGCUGAAUAUUGUGAAGGAGGUGGGGAAGAGUCAAAAGGGCAAUCGCUUACCUCGCUGGUGGGGAGACGCAGCGAAAGAACGAAGGGAAAAGAGGAAGACCUGCCUGGGCCGGAAAUGAGGUAUUAAUCAAGAUGGCUGCCGUCGACCAAUGGAGAUGAUCGACCACCUUUCCUCCGCUGCUUGUCUUCAUUUCCCCCUCCAACC